AUGAAGUGGAAAUCAUGUGUUCAGCUACUGCUAACUCUAGUUUCAGCAAGAUCUUCGGAAGCCAGAAGAAUAGCUGCCGUCAGUUUUCUAACAAACUCCUCAUACCAAGAAAUAGAGCUCAAAUCGGAGUCCAGCCUGUCGUUGCAGGACAUCCUUCCAGUCAAGGCGAAGUAUUACGAUAAAAACCGGGCGCCGAAGCUCCUGGGCCAACCCACUAUCGUCUACUUUCAUGUCACUGUUCUAUCUUUGGAUUCUAUUAAUGAAGAGAGUAUGACCUAUGUCGCAGACAUAUUUCUCGCCCAAUCCUGGCGAGAUCCGCGUCUCCGGCUACCAGAAAAUAUGCACGAGGAGUACAGGAUCCUGGAUGUGGAAUGGCUGAACAACAUUUGGAGACCAGACUGCUUUUUCAAGAAUGCCAAGAAAGUUACCUUCCACGAAAUGAGCAUUCCUAACCAUUAUUUGUGGCUGUAUCAUGAUAAAACUCUGCUGUAUAUGUCUAAAUUGACAUUGGUGUUAUCCUGUGCCAUGAAAUUCGAGUCCUACCCACAUGACACUCAAAGUUGUUCUAUGAUGAUUGAAAGUCUAUCCCAUACUGUCCACGACCUGGUGUUCAUCUGGAACCUAACGGACCCUCUAGUGGUGAAUCCUGACAUCGAGCUGCCGCAACUGGAUAUUUCUAACAACUACACUUCUGAUUGUACUAUUGAAUAUUCUACAGGUAACUUCACCUGCCUAGCUAUAGUCUUUAAUCUUCGUCGCCGGCUCGGCUACCACCUCUUCCACACGUACAUACCAUCAGCUCUGAUCGUCGUUAUGUCCUGGAUCUCAUUCUGGAUCAAGCCCGAAGCCAUUCCUGCUAGAGUCACUUUGGGAGUCACUUCUCUGCUGACGUUAGCAACCCAAAACACACAAUCGCAGCAAUCCCUCCCACCGGUUUCUUACGUAAAGGCAAUCGAUGUUUGGAUGUCAUCAUGCUCCGUAUUCGUAUUUCUCUCACUCUUCGAGUUCGCUGUGGUCAAUAACUACAUGGGACCAGUCGCCACUAAAGCUAUGAAGGGUUAUUCUGAUGAGGAUUUGUCGAGAGAAUUGGAUGCUUUUAAGCACAUAUUUCCAAAUACGGGUGAUCCUCGCGCCAGCACUUCAGCCUCGAUCCCGCAGUAUGACACGUUUUGCAACGGUCGGGAGACUGCGGUAUACAUCGAUCGCUUCUCUAGGUUCUUCUUUCCGUUUUCUUUCUUUAUUUUGAAUGUCGUUUAUUGGUCUACUUUUUUGUAAUUGAUUUAUCAGGAACGACGUUUAUUGUAUCAUCACGUAAAAUUUUUGCAACAAAAAUUAUGGCGGUUUUCGCUUGUGUUGGGUUGGCCACAGAGUCCGUGCGGUAUCAAAGUAAUAGUAGAGCUGCUGCUUAUUUCUACCGUCAAGCAGUAAUGCUCAAGCAGUAAUGUUAGCAUUACUGCUUUCCAGUUUUGAAGAGUAGAGGUGCUGUUGAAAUAACAGGCACAUCAACUCAAGUCUCAGGGUGACGGGCGC